AUGACUGAAAAAUACGAAAAUUGGGUGAAAAAGCCGGUGGAGGAUAAAACUAUCGAACUGGAAAAUUUUAUUAGCCAGCAAGUAAAUACUUACGGCCAAAAGGCCAAAGAAACCGCUUAUAAACCCGUAGAUUAUUAUCAGCAACGACCUACUUUUUAUAGGGGACUAUUUUGGAUUGGGCAAAAUCAUCCCUCGAUUGAUAAAAGGAGUUAUGAUGAUUUGAUUGGAGAUUUAAAAAGACAAGUGCAGCAUUAUCAAGGGCUUUAUCAGAAAAGAGUGGAGAAGGAUUUGGAUAAAAAAGACCAAGUGAAUGAUGAAGGAACUCAGACGGAUUUAUCGGACCGAAAGUGGAAUUUAGGAUUGUUGAAGGGGAAGUUGGAGCAAAAAAUUAAAGGUUUGGAGGAUAAGUUAGAGGAAAAAGAUGAAAAAAUUAGUCAAAAUCGCGAGGGAAGAAAAAUGUUGGCUACUGAAUUUGAAAAAAUCAUCGAGAAAAAUAAAAGAGAAUUUCAGAUAUC